AUGGUAUUUAAAUUGAUAAGAGUAGAUGAGCAAGAGCCAUCUAAAAUACUACUGCAUGUCGGGAAACAUAUAAUUGGAAGAGGGAAAUUUUUACAUAAUGAUGAUAACGAUAAAAGAGUAUCCAGAAACCAUGCAGAACUAGAAGUAACAGACGAUUCAGUGACAUUAAAAGCGUUGCACCGGAACCCCUGUUUCUACACCAAGAGCAAUAUUGUUGAAACUGAAAUAUUGCAACAAAAUAAUAUAAUUUCUCUGAGUAAUGGUGAUAAAUUUGGCCUAAUACCAGAUACCUUCUGGUAUGAAGUAAUCCAUUGUUCUGAACUAGAUAUUCCUCAAAAUACUGCAGCGUGUACAAAUGAAAGUAGUAAAGAUGAGAAUAAGGUGACAUCUAACCUAAGUUCAGAAGAUGAAGCCAUUAACUUCCAAAUGAGUGAAGCACAGGAAGAUUCCAAUAGAACAGCAUCUCCAUCAUUAUUAAAUCAAGAAGAAUCAAAUGAGACAAAUGGAGAAAAUACCGUAACAUAUGAUCCUGCGACGGCUUCUGGUUCUGCAAAUAAGAGGGCAAAUGAUACACCUGAUUCCAAUCCAGUUGAUGUUAAGAAAAUAAAAACAGAACCACCGACGCAAAAUGUGCAGGAUGCUCAACCUGGGCCUAGCAAUGAUCAGGCUGCAGACCCAGAUAGCAAAGAUCAAAAACCUAAUAUAGAUAAGCCUGUUUCUCCUCCACAACCACCAGCACCUAACCGGGAAAGGUGUAUGUAUGGAGGUCGUUGUUAUAGACGCAACCCGCAACAUAAGGCCCAGUUCAGCCACCCGUCGGACAGUGACUGGGGGACGGGCGAGCGCGGCGUGUGUCCGUACGGGAGCGCGUGUCGCAAGAAUGACCCGCGCCACUGGCAGGCGCAUGAGCACCCGCCCGGUGUCAACCCACCCGACCCCACCGUCAGAAGACCAGGUAUGCAAGUAGUCCAACGUCACGGCAAUGUAUUCUACAUAAACGCACAUUCUGUUAAUUUUUACGACGAUCACUUUCAAGUCGAAGACUCUGAUGGCGAUAGUCAAAGAAGGAACCGAAACAGAACUUCUGCCAGUGAUGAUAAUGAAGAUUCUUCAAGAGUAAAGCGUAGGAGAAAUAGAAACUCUUCUGAAAGUGACGAAGAUAGUGAAGAUUCGCCAGGAACUGACUUGAUAGUGACAGGAAAGAGGGUUCGAAAGACUGUGCAAAGAGACACGUGGAUCGAUACGCAGUCUGAUGAAGACGAGGACCCUUAUAAAACAGACGAGUCAGAUGAAUGGCAGCCUUCCAGUGAUAUCACAAACAGCGAAGGAUUCUCACAAAAGUUCUAG